AUGGGGAUGGAGAGAAUCACGGGCCCUCGACCUGUCUCGGCAUUCAGAGAGAAAGCAGCUCUCAGUGUCAGCGAGUUCUUUGAAGCGGGCGAUAAUCUUGACGCCAAAUGCCGCACUCGAUCAUGGCAAAACAGGCAGGAAUCAGGUGAUCAGACUAACCAGCGGAAGCCAAAUGGAGGUAAAGCUGAUGGGGAUCAGAAUUCACCUUCCAUGGGAAGCGUAGAAAUCAGGAACAGGGACUCUGCUAAGCCAGUUUCUUCCACCAUGGGAGGUGGUGGAGAAGACGGUACGCCAGAAGAUGUUGCUGUAUCAGUCAUAAGGGAUAUCCUCAUCUACGUUGCGCCUGACAUGGUGACCCCGAUGAGGAUUCCCGGUGAGCAGUGGGAGCUUAUUCGCCGCGAGUUCGAUGGCCACAAAACUAAAAGAGGUAAAGCUGAUGAGGAUCAGAAUUCACCUUCCAUGGAAAGCGUAGAAAUCAGGAACAAGGACUCUGCUAAGCCAGUUUCUUCCACCAUGGGAGGUGGUGGAGAAGACGGUACACCGGAAGAUGCUGCUGUAUCAGACAUGAGGGAUAUCCUCAUCUACGUUGCGCCUGCAUGGUGA